AUGGGCUGUAGGGAAUCUAAUCGGAAGUACCAUAUCGUCGACGGAAACUCUAAUAUCUCGGGAUUUGAGAUUGUUUUCAGCGGAAAGGCUCAACCCGGUUUAACUACAACAGAUGUCAAUGUUGAUGAGGUUCGAAUGGUGGUCGAUGAGGAUCUUGAAGGGUUCGGUUUCACGGGGAAGAAUGGAUUGAUAAAUGGAAAGGUAGCAGUAAUUGGCUUCUUAUUGCUGUUGGAUUUUGAACUAUUGACCCGUAAAGGCCUCCUCUAUGGAACUGGUUUCUUGGACUUCAUUUAUUCCGUUUCUGAUGCUUUCAAGUAA